GCAGCAGCAGCCGGAGGAGGAGGCGGCCACUCGUCGACCGACAGUGGAUCCAUCGGCCUUUCGCUUGCCCUCCAAAAAGUCAAGCAAGCUGGAGCUGCUCCUGCUCCUGCUCUCCCCGAGCAGCUGAGUGUUCACACACCUCCACCACUUGCGUUGCGUCUUCCUUCCGUCUCCCCUCCCCUCCCCUCCGCUUACGCCACCCACAAUCAAGAAUCAACACGCCGCGCCCAUGCCCUACUCCUCCUCCUCCUCCCAAAAUUGACCACCCAAUAAUCAGCUCAGCCUCGCCUUGAUCUCGAUCCGGCUCCAUGGAUCGCACCACCAGCAACAGCAGCAGCAGUAGCACCUCCGCCGCCAGCCAAAACCCGCACCUUGGGGUCAACAAGCUCGGCCGCUCCAUCCGCAAGGCUACGCCCCCUCCGCCGCCGCAGCCCCAGCCCGCCGCUCGCCCGCCGCAGCCGCAGGUCUACAACAUCAGUAAGAACCAGUUCCGCGACAUCGUCCAGCACCUCACCGCCGGCACCCCCUCCCCGUCCCCUCUGCCGCCUCAGUACCAUCAACCGCACCGUCCACCACAGUCGCAGCCCAAGCCCCCCUCCAUGCGCCUACAGAGGAUCCGCCCGCCCCCCAUUGCCACCCCCGUCGCGCGGCCCCCUCCUCCCGUCCACCCCCACCACGCCGUCCCCAACCCUAGCCACAACAAUCCUGUCUUCCACCGCCCACCGCCGCCUCAGCCGCAGCAGCACAUGCCCGCGCCCGCGCCCGGCCCCGCCUGGGCCGACUCCCCAGUCUCCGCAUACAUGCGCAUCCUCGAAAACUCCCUCUUCAGCGCCACCCCGCCGGGCGCCGCCGCCGCUGCAGCGGCGGGACAGCCGCCUCCACCGCCGGUGCCGUCACCCGGGAUACUCCCUUCCCCAAGCGGCUUUCUCAACCUGCUCUCGCCGAUGCCCAGGUCGCCCUACCCGCUACUCUCGCCAGGGUUUCAGCACCCACCGCCGUUCACGCCCAACUUCCCUGUUCUCUCGCCGCUGCCGGGGACCGGCAUCCUUGGGCCAGGCCCCAUGCCGCCGCUGUCGCCGGGGCUCUGGUUCCCACAGUCACCGUCCGGCCUUCUUUCUCCAUCAGGGUUCUUGCCGAUCCUGAGCCCAAGGUGGAGAGACAUGUAGCAAGGGUGGCUCCGCGCAGCAGCCGUUCCUGUGAAGGUGACCUUGUAACAUUUGACUAGGGACGUAGCCACGGUGAGUUCAGUUGGCUCGUCGGCUGGAGGUUGCAGGAGGAGGACACAGGUUGAUUGUUUUUUCUUUGAGCGGCAUCCUUUGAUGCACACUAUGAUGGGACUCCCAAAGUUCAAGUCUUUUCCCUAGUAGGGAACCUCAGGCUAUCUGAAUGGUCUUCCAGGUUAUGAUGCAUAUUAUGCCAUGAGUUCCAAAAACACAAGUGCCUUUCCAAGUGGGGAUUCUCAUGCUAGCUAAAUGAUCUUAUAGUUAUGUGCUGUGUGUUAUAUUAAAGUUUGUUUGUGUCCACUGUUUUGUUUAGAAUUGAUAUAUGACAUUCUGCUGGACCCCCUCGGUAUGCAAUGCUAAAGAGGGAAUAAUUAAAGGGUGGUUCUUAUUGUUCUCCUGUAAGCAACUAGUAUUAUUUGUGUACCGCAUCCCCUGCUAAGUAAGCAUUGCUUUUGUGCAAAUGUUCUAUAAUAUUACUGUCGCAUGAAUCAUUUUGUAAGUUGUCCUUGUAUGAAUAUAUGCAAGGUUUCUAUCUGGCAAGUCAA